AUGCUAGAUAAGCUCAAAUGGGAGGCUCACCGAGCCACCUUCAUUUUGGAAGAUGACUUUCGCAACAUCCGCUCCAUGGGCCGCAGCCUCAAGAGAGCGUGUCGGUGGGCUCCUUGCGCAGCCGCGGGCGCAGGUUUCAACGCCGUGCGCAUUCCAUUCGGCUAUUGGAUCGUGACUGGCCCUGCCGCACACUUGGCCAUGCUUCUCCUGCGGCCUCGAAAUUCCCACAACUUGGCCAGUGGCGAGCUCUACGUUGGCCCAGGUCUGGACUUCCUCGAUCGUGCCCUGAUGUGGUGCCAGCGGCUGGGGCUGCAGGUCCUCCUUGAUCUUCAUGGCGCUCCCGGUGGUGAAAGUGGUGAGAGACCUUGCGGGCGAGAGCGCAAGGACUGGCGAUGGGAGCACUGGCGGCUCGAUGAGUCGAUUGAGGCGCUGAAGAUCAUCUCGCGACGCUUCCAAGGCCACCCUGCAGUCUCUGGCAUAGCUGUCUGCAACGAACCCAGCGAGAAGGUGCCGGCAGAUGUGCUCUGUCAGUUUUAUGAUGAGGCAGUUCGGGCCAUUAGAGCGUACAUGCCGCCGGAUGAAGUCAGCAUCAUGUUGCCAGUGUACAGGACGGAGCGACUGGAUGAGAUUUGGCGACUCUGGACCCGCGCUUUCGAUGGCUUCGCCAGACAUGCCAACGUGGCUUUUGACCUCCACUUGUACCACUGCUUUGGCGCUUGGUGGCGUCGCCAAGGGCUGGGAAGUCACCUCAGGAUGACCAAGCGCCAUCGGAAGAUUCUUCGGCGUGUGCCGGCUGUGGUGGGUGAGUGGAGCUUGGCACUACCAGAUAGGGCUCUUGCCCAGUCAGACACAAAGGAUCAGGCUUACAAAGCCUUUGCGGCGGCACAGCUUGACGCCUAUGGCCACGCAUCCCAUGGCUGGUUCUUCUGGAACUGGUGCGACUCUCCAGACCACCAUCCAGGCUGGGACGCUCGCACGUGUAUCCAGCGCCACUGGUUGGCUCAGGCAGAUCUGUGCAAAAGCGGAGCGUCGCUGAUUCCAGCUGGGGGUGUUUGA